UUGGAGCCUGCUUGGCAAUCGAUGGUGGCGGCGGUGCUGCGCAAGCCUCAGCGCAUCUCGCCCGGAGUUUGGGUACAUUGUCGGCCGAUGGGACUAGCCGCGCCUAGUAGUGCCAGCCGCGCGGUAGCGCUCUCGUUCUCGGGCGGCGGCCUGAUCGCCGCCGCCUAUCACCUCGGCGUUUAUCAGGGCCUGCGCGGUGCCGAGCUGCUCGAUGCCAGGACUGCGCCGCUGGUGGGAGCAUCGGCGGGCGCGCUGGUCGCCGCGGUGCUCUCCGCCGAGGUUCACCUCGACGAUGCAACUGGCGCGCUCUCCCGGAUCGUCGACAGCGUCGUCGCCGCCGGCGCCGGCCCGUUGGGCCGCCCAAAGGUCGACAUCCUCCGGCUGGCGCGUGCCCUGACCCGGUGCGGCCCGAGCUGGAGCAUCUGCUGCCAGAGGACGCACACGAGCGCUGCAACGGCCGAGCCGUCGUCUUCCUCACCGAUAUUUCGCGCCGGCCCUGGUCUCGCGCCGUCCGCACACCGGGGCGCGCUGUGGGGGGUGCGGGCGGCCGCGGCGAAGGCGCAGCCUCUUCGUCGCCUCGUCGGCGGCGCGCUCAUCGACGGCGGCUUCAAGACCAACUUCCCGCUCCACCCCACAGCAGACAGAACCGUCCGCGUCUCGCCUUUCAGUGGCGAGCUCGACAUCUGCCCGGAGGUGCGCGGUCGACCUCCGCGCCGUGUCCUCCUCCCGUCCAAGGUGCGCAUCGACGUGACGCGGGCCAACGCGAGCGCGGUUCGAGCCACGCUCUGGCCACCUCGAGACGGCGGCUGGCUGCAAGACGUGCUGGCGCAAGGCUUCGACGACGCGUGCCGGUGGCUGAGAAGAGAGCAGCAGCAGCCAAGGGUCUAGGCACGAGCGGGGCCGGUCGGCGAGGAGGCGCAUGCAAGGCCGACACCGUUAUCAGCAUGGGUGUAUGGUUUGAGUCGAAUUUUGACCUUGCAGUA